AUGACAAAACCGAAGGGCAGGAACAAGCCCACCGGCGGUGUCGGUGGACGCGAGACGAAGGCGAGAAAGAGAGCCAAGACGGCAGCGGCGAGAGAUGCUUUGGCCCUGGACAGACGCAGCGCUAAGCUUGAGCAGGAGCGUGCAGCACUCGCGUCGGAGAUGGCGCAGAGAGAGCAAGCGCUCAGAGCGAAGGAGCAAGCGCUUAGAGCGAAGGAGGCGGCCUUCGCCAAGAAGGAGGAGGCAGCGGCGCGCGCCGCUGCGCAGCGGGAAAAGCGUGAGCAGGAAGAGGUUGAGCGCGUCGAAGCGGCAGCUGCUGCUGCGGCGGAGAAGGUGGCUCAGGACCUGAACUACAUGGACACAUCUGUGCACGAGGUGAAGCCGAAGAAGGGCGAGGUCUGGACCCACUUGCAGUCAAGGAUGGUCCUCAUGCUACUCUUCGACCUCCGCAAGGAAGGUCGCUCUGAGAACGAGGCAGUGUUGCAGGUGGCGCGCACUUUCAAGAUCGGCCACGACAAGGUCAGGCGCAUCAACAACCACUGGUGGGAUCACCGCCAGUUGUACGAGACCACCGCCGCGGGGAGAGGCAAGAUGGCAAAGGAGGAUGAUGGGCGACGCCGCCUCACCGAAGUACAAGCAGAUCAACUUCGCGAGUUCAUCAACGACGAGCACAAGGCCGGUCGUCAAGUCUUUCGCCGCACGGUGGCAGAAUGGGUGCACAGGACUUGCAACAUGGAGCAGCCGUCCAACCGUUCGGUAGGAGGGCUGCUGAGUAGGCUCGGCUACAAGCGUCGUAGAGGCAGGAUCAAAACGCCGCCGUUGAACGCCGAAAGACUUGCUCGCAUUCGUCGGUUUCUUGUUGAGAUGGACAUGGCAAAGAGGGCAGAGGAUGCUGGGUUAGCAGUGAUCGUGUACAUGGAUGAGAGUUUUGUCCACCAGGCUCAUGGUUCCCCGUAUUCUUACUUUCCCUCGGACGAGAAUGGAGUUGUGCAGGAUGGGAUUGGUCGCACAACGGGGAAGGGCUUGCGCAUGAUCAUGGUGCAUGCAAUCACGAAAUGGGGGCCGUUGGCUAAGUUUUGUGAUGGGUUUCCGAUCGAAGAGGGCUGGUUCAAGGAAACGGGUAGCGGCAAGAAGAAAAUGGAAGAUGAGGAGACAGCAGAGUUUCUGUGGCAGGCUAAGUUGGCAAAGGGCGAUUACCACGCAGCAAUGACAGACUCGAUGUUCAUGGAGUGGCUUGAACACCGCCUUAGUCCAGCGUACAACGCGAUCCCUGAGUUCGAAGGCAAGAAGAUGAUUCUUGUUCUUGACAACGCCUCAUACCACCAUGGAUUUGACGCGGAAGUCAAAGUGCCGGAAACCAACACCAAGAAGCACAACGUCGAUCUGUUGCGUAAGUUUGGGGCCAAGUCGAUCAGGGUUAAACGUAAGGAGGGCGAACAGGGCUUUGUUGAGCACAACUUCGAGGUACCGUCAGAGCCUGGUUCCUCAUUCCCUGCAGGGAACAGAGAGGGCGGUGUAAGCAGAGCGGAGGUAGCAACGGCCACUCGGGAGUACAUCCGCCUCAAUUACCCUGAAAGGCUCGAGGAACGGGUGGUGACAUUCAUGAAGAAAAAGGGGUGGGCGUUGAUUUGGACGCCGCCCUACAUGCCGUCCUUUCAACCUAUCGAGCUUUUUUGGCAGCAUGGCAAGCAGUACGUCAGCCUUAACUUUGAGUUGAAGCGAAAGAUGCGGGAGGUGUGGGUGCAGAUUCGUCAAGGUUGGUACGGGGACAAGGAGUGGUCAGGCCAGGAGGGGGGGUGGAAGGCAGCCAAUUGUUCGAAGCUGGUUGAACACGCCAUUGGAGAGAUGAAUAAGUGGGUCAGGGAUCGUGAUGCAGGGCUUUCGGGUAAGAUAGGCAACCUGCAGAAACCGGACGGGUACGACAAAGAUGAUGUGUCGCCCGUGGGUGAUGUCGAGGAAGGGGUAGGGGAGCAGAUCCAGCAGGAAAGCGCAGAAUGGGGUGAUGGCAGCGACGAGGUUGAACCAUGA